AUGAAUCAGAGCAUUGUAGCUCAUCAAGUGCAGGACCAUCGCUACAGAAACUACGAUGUUUACUUCUAUGGUGAUAGUAUCCUAAUAAUAGUUACUGCAGACCCAGAAAUUGUCACUCAUUGGAUCACAGAUGUAGAAUUUGAUGUCAGUUUCAGAGACGUCGUUGGACUUGACAUUGAGUGGCGACCCAAUUACGGCCAAACACAAAACCCAGUUGCAACUCUUCAGCUCUGCGUCGGUCAUAGUUGUCUAAUAUUCCGACUCCUUCACUGUCACAGCCCGAUUCCACAAUCCCUCGUUACCUUCCUGGACACCUAUACCUUUGCUGGGGUUGAAAUCGAGGUUGAUGUGGAAAAGUUGGAGCGAGAUCAUGGGCUUAUUGUGAGCUAUUCUGUGGAUUUAAGAGAGUUGGCUGCUACUGCAUAUGAGGCGUUUGGGCUGGUGUAUCAGAUUAGGAAAAAUGCUAGGCUAAAAGAGUUGUGUAGUGUUGUUUUAUUAAAGGAGAUGGUGAAGCCUGCUCAUAUAACUAGGAGCAGGUGGGAUUAUCGAUUUCUGAAUGAAGAACAAGUGGAAUAUGCUUGUAUUGAUGCUUUUGUUUAUUUUGAGAUUGAGAAACGCUUGAAUACUUCUGGUUAUGGUUGUAAUUGGCUGUGA